AGCAAAUUCGAAUAUUUGAAAAGUAGGUCCCGCUGAAUGCAAAAAAGCGGUGCAAUGCAAAACUUAAGCUCCCGCAAUUCUCAUCCUCAAUUUUAAUCGCUGACCGUUCAAUUUCGAAACCCUUAAUUAUUUUAAACCCUAAUUUUGGUUGUUGGAUCUUUCCGUGAUCAACUAUACUAAAAAAUUAACGACUUUCAGAGGUUGGAGAUUGGUAGCUUGGUGGGGUGAAAAUGGAUUUCAAUGGAAAGGUUGACUUAAAAGAACCUCUUUUAGAAAAUCAGAACAGUGUGACUGUUAACGUUACUCGAGCGAGUGCGUAUGGUGAUAAGAAGAUUGGAACGGUGACGUUCAAGACAAAAGGUAUUGAAUGUACAUCAUGUGCGACUUCCAUAGAAUCCGCGCUUGGGGAGCUUGAUGGAAUCGAAACUGUUGUUGUAUCAGCAAUGGAUGGGAAUACUGUGGUCAAAUACAUGCCAAAAGUUGUUGAUUUAAAAAAAAUUAGAGAGGCUGUAGAAAAUGCAGGGUUCCAAGUUGAGGGGUUUCCCGAGCAAGAAAUUGCAGUAUGUCGACUGAAAAUUAAAGGAAUGGCAUGCACAAGCUGCUCGGAGUCUGUUGAACGUGCCCUUUCAGUGGCUGACGGAGUUAAAAAGGCGGUGGUUGGCCUUACUCUUGAGGAAGCCAAGGUUCACUUUGAUUCACGUGUUACAAACCCUGAGAGAAUUAUAGAAGCAGUGGAAGAUGCUGGCUUUGACGCUGAUCUUAUAAGCUCUGGAGAUGAUAUCAACAAAGUCUACCUAAAGCUUGAUGGAGUUCAUACGCUUGAAGAUUAUAAUACUAUUAGAACUGCUCUUGAGUUAGCUACUGGUGUUAAUAAUGUUGACAUGGACAUUGAAGAAAAAAGGGUAACUGUAAGCUACGAUCCUGAUGUAACUGGCCCGAGGUCUCUGAUAAACUGCAUUAGAGAAGCUUCUACUGACCUCUGUUCUUAUGAUGCAAACUUGUAUGUUCCUCCAAGACAAAGGGAUUUGGAUCAUCGGGUUGAGAUCCAAAUGUACAGAAACCUUUUCUUAUGGAGUUGUAUAUUUUCUGUGCCAGUGUUUGUUUUCUCCAUGAUAUUGCCGAUGCUUCCACCUUAUGGGGACUGGUUAGAUUACAAGAUUCAGAACAUGCUUACUGUUGGAAUGUUGCUGAGAUGUCUCCUUUGUGCACCAGUGCAGUUCAUCAUCGGACAGAGGUUUUAUAUUGGAGCAUACUAUGCAUUGAGGCGAAAAUCUGCUAAUAUGGAUGUUCUUGUGGCUGUGGGAACUAAUGUUGCUUUCUUCUACUCUCUGUACAUACUGAUUAAAGCCUUGACUUUCAAUGACUUUGAAGGGCAAGAUUUCUUUGAGACUAGUGCGAUGCUAAUAUCUUUUAUACUUCUGGGCAAGUAUUUGGAGAUUGUAGCGAAAGGGAAAACUUCAGAUGCUUUAGCAAAGUUGUCAGAGCUUGCUCCAGAUACAGCAUGGCUGGUAACAGUUGACAGCAAUGUAAAUAUCACAUCAGAAAUUGAAAUAAGCACUCAACUUAUACAACGAAAUGACUUGUUUAAAAUUGUUCCUGGGGCAAAGGUUCCUGUCGAUGGGAUUGUUAUUUAUGGUCACAGCUAUGUAAAUGAGAGUAUGAUCACAGGAGAAGCAAAGCCAGUUACGAAAAGACCUGGUGAUAAGGUCAUUGGCGGGACUGUAAAUGAGAAUGGAUGCAUCAUAGUAAAGGCCACACAUAUUGGAUCAGAGACUGCCCUUUCUCAGAUUGUUCAACUUGUAGAAGCUGCUCAGUUGGCCAGAGCUCCUGUCCAGAAGUUGGCUGACCAGAUCUCUAGGUUUUUUGUUCCAACUGUUGUCACUGUAGCAUUUAUAACAUGGUUAGCAUGGUUUGUUACCGGAGUAGCUGGUGUAUAUCCAAAACAUUGGAUCCCAAAAGCUAUGGACAAAUUUGAACUGGCUUUGCAGUUUGGGAUAUCUGUUGUUGUGGUAGCUUGCCCAUGUGCUUUGGGACUCGCAACUCCUACUGCUGUCAUGGUUGCUACUGGCAAGGGUGCUUCAUUAGGUGUGCUUAUCAAGGGGGGAUCAGCACUUCAGAAGGCCCACAAGGUUAAAGCAGUGGUCUUUGACAAGACCGGAACGUUGACAGUAGGAAAACCUGUUGUUGUUAGUGCUGUUCUCUUUUCUGGGGUUACAAUGGAGGAAUUUUGUGAUUUGGCUAUUGCUGCAGAGGCAAACAGUGAACACCCUCUAGCUAAAGCUGUGGCUGAACAUGCCAAAAUUCUUCGUAGGAAACAUGAAUCAUUGGUUGACCAUGUCGAAGAUGCAAAGGAUUUUGAGGUCCACCCUGGAGCUGGAGUGAGUGGAAAGGUUGGUGAGAAGAUAGUUUUGGUGGGAAACAAGAGGCUCUUACAGAUUUACAAUGUGUCGAUGAGCGCUGAGGUUGAGGAAUACAUCACAAGAACAGAAAUUUUAGCUAGAACUUGUGUGUUAGUUGCCAUUGACGGCAAGGUUGCAGGGGCAUUUUCUGUAACUGAUCCAGUUAAGCCCGAAGCAAGGCAUGUCGUUAAACAUCUACAUUCGAUGGGUAUCUCAAGUAUCAUGGUAACGGGUGAUAAUUGGGGUACUGCAACAGCAAUAGCAAAAGAAGUUGGCAUCAAUCAAGUUUUUGCUGAAACUGAACCAAUUGGAAAAGCUGAUAAGAUAAAGGAAAUUCAGAUGAAAGGUCUGACAGUAGCAAUGGUAGGAGACGGAAUAAACGACUCACCGGCCCUAGUUGCUGCUGAUGUUGGAAUGGCAAUUGGCGCUGGCACUAAUGUUGCUAUUGAGGCAGCUGAUAUAAUACUCAUCAAGAGCAAUCUAGAAGAUGUUGUGACGGCCAUAGAUCUCUCUCGGAAAACAAUGUCUAGAAUUCGACUUAACUACGUAUGGGCACUCGGAUACAAUGUCCUAGCAAUGCCCAUUGCUGCAGGAAUCUUAUUCCCUUUCACUGGGAUUCGACUACCGCCAUGGGUUGCUGGGGCUUGCAUGGCUGCCUCAUCCGUCAGCGUGGUCUGUUCUUCUCUCUUGUUGCAGUCUUAUAAGAAGCCUUUGAAUGUUGGAAGUAUCUGAAAGCUGACCCAAAAGAUUUUGCAUUCUGAAUAGAGGUAAUAAAGGAAGUGUACAAAAUUAUUACCCAUUCACAUGAUUUCAAUAUUUUUCCUUCCUAGUUGACUAGCUAUCAAUGAACAAAUUGUAUACAUGGUGAUUGGUGAUGAAAUAAGAUUUGAUUUUUUAAGUUAAUACAAUCUUAAUUCUUA